UCUUCAUUGUUAUGACUGAGAGACUGUGAAGGUUUCAUUUCAAGGGAAUUGUGCUCAAGUUCUGCUGCUCAGAACCGGGUCAGAGUUCACCUUCAACGGUUUGUUGAGUUCACAUUUUGCUUGAAUUAAAGGGUCAGACAUGCGUAAUCCCACAGUUCUCAAAGUCCUUCAUGGAUUUUAUUUCCAGAGUCUUCGUCUGGUCCGGUGGUCCGAGUGGUUUUACAAAGAUUCUGGAGUUCAGAGUCCACGUACUGUGGAUCUGUGUCCUCGAUCGUAGGAGCCUCGCGUGCUUCGCCAGAUCAUAUUUACAAAGAUGAUCGUUAAGAUGAACAUUAGACCCCUUCAGGUGUUUGCUUUGUUUCAUCAGAGCUAUCUUGUGCUUUCGAUUCACAAACCUGAUCAGGAUCGCUGGUUUAUCCGUAUUCUUUCUCCGAGGAAGCGGAUGACAGACCUCAACAGUAACCGGUCCGUCCACACCUACUUCCUGCUGAGCGGCUUUGACGAGCUUGGGGCUCUGAGGCCGGCGCUCUUCCUGCCGUUCUUCUUCGCCUUCGCCGUGUCUCUUCUGGCCAACGGCCUGCUGGUGUUCGUGGUCUCCUCCCAGAGGAGCCUCCAUCAGCCCAUGAGCGUCCUGAUCGCCGGCAUGGCGGUGGUGGACGUGUGUAUCCCGCUGUUCUUCGUCCCCAACAUGCUGCUGAGCUUCCUGUUUGGCUGGAGGGGCAUCUCUCUGAUUGGCUGCCUGACUCAGAUGCAUUUCAUUCACUUCUUUGGAGCCUUCCAAACCACCUUCUUGGUGUGGAUGGCUCUGGACCGCUACUUUGCCAUCUGCAGGCCGCUCUACUACCACCAGCAGAUGGCGCCGCAGAGGUUCUUCAGGUUUGUGGCUCCCCUCGUGGUCAGGAACGUGGUCGUCAUCACGCUGUUCGUGGGCCUGGCAGGAGCGCGCUCGUUCUGUUCCGAUGUGAUCCAUCACUGCUUCUGCGAGCACAUGGCGCUGGUGGACCUGGCCUGCGGCAGCACCUCCAUCAACAGCCUGGCGGGGCUGGCGGCCAUCUUCCUCAUCCCCGUGCUGGACUUCUUCAUCAUCGCCGCAUCUUACAUCGUCAUCUUCAGCUCCGUGCUGACGUCCACCCGCCCGGGGUUCAAAGCUCUGCACACCUGCAUCACUCACAUCAUGGUGCUCAGCCUCAGCCUGGUGGUGGCGCUGGUCGCCUUCCUGUCGUACCGGGUCAGAAACGCGCUCCCCCCCGCAGUCCGAGUCUUCUUCAGCACCAUGUACCUGCUCUUCCCCAGCUGCGUUAACCCCAUCAUUUACGGGAUCAGAACCUCUGAGAUCCGACAGCACAUCCAGAAGACGCUGACGCGCUGGACCCGAGUGUUCAGAACCGGUUCUGCAGGAGGGAAUGAGACCUGUCUACUCCUCCAGGUCUACUCCUCCAGAUCUACUCCUCCAGAUCUACUCCUGCAGAUCUACUCCUGCAGGUCUCGCCUGGAGGAGACGAUGGCGACGAUGACGGAGUCUUGGAGGAACGUCUCCUCGCACUCGUCCUUCAUCUUCUUCAGUGGUUUCAGUGAGGUGGGGGGGCCGCUCCGGCUGCUCUUCGUCCUCUUCCUCUUCCUCAUGCUGCUGGUGUCCCUGUCCGCCAACUCUCUGCUGCUCUUCGUCAUCGUUUCUCAGAGGAGCCUGCACACGCCCAUGUGCAUCCUGAUCGGCUGCAUGGCGUGCGUGGACCUGGCCGUCCCGCUCUUCUUCUUCCCGGACGUCCUGCUGGGCGUCCUGCUCCCCGGCAGGUGGAUUUCUCUCAGCAGGUGUCUGUUCCAGAUGUUCUUUCUGCACUUGUUCGGCUCCCUUCAGUCCACGCUGCUGUUCUGGAUGGCGCUGGACCGCUACUUCGCCAUCUGCCGGCCCCUGUCCUACCACGAGCACAUGUCCCUGGGGCGGUUCCUGCGGACGGCGGUCCCUCUGCUGCUCCGGAACCUGCUGAUGGUGUCAGUGGUGGUGAACCUGGCGGCGUCUCUGUCUUACUGCUUCAGGAACGUCAUCCAGCACUGUGUCUGCGAGCACAUGGCGCUGGUGGAGCUGGCCUGUGGGAACACCGCCGUCAACAGCCUGGUGGGGCUGAUGGCGGUGUUCGUCAUCAGCGUGCUGGACUUCCUCCUCAUCCUGGCGUCCUACGUGGUCAUAUUCUACUCGGUGCUGCGCCCGGGGCGGGCCGGUUCCAGAGCGCUGCACACCUGCAUCACGCACAUCAUGGUGAUCUCCAUGACGCUGACCUUCGUGCUGGCGGCCUUCCUGUCUUACCGGGCCAGAGACAGCCUCUCGGCGCCGGCUCGGGUCACGGUCAGCGCCGUCUACCUGUUCCUGCCCAGCUGCUUCAACCCCAUCAUCUACGGAGUCCGGACCACCGAGAUCAGACGCGGCGCCAUGUGGGCGGCGGCCAUGGACAGGAACUCCUCCCACAGCAGCUUUGUGUUCAGAUGCUUCCCGGAGCUGCACGCUCAGCGCCGUCUGCUGGCGCUGCCGUUCCUCCUGGCCCUGCUGUCGGUUCUGCUGGGGAACUCGGCGCUGAUCCACGUCAUCCGGCGGGGGGAGCGGCUGCACGGCCCCAUGCACCUCCUCAUCUGCAUGCUGUGCCUGGUGGACAUCCUGGUGGUGAUGGCCAUCCUUCCCAACAUGCUCCUGGGCCUGCUGCUGGACCGCAACGGCAUCUCGCUGGCGGCGUGUCUGACUCAGAUGUUCUUCACGCACUUCCUGUCCUCAGUGGAGUCCACGCUGCUGCUCGCCAUGGCUCUGGACCGCUUCGUGGCCAUCUGCGAGCCGCUGCGCUACGGCUUCAUCGUGGACUCCUGCAUGCUGCUGAGGCUGCUGCUCUUCACGCUCCUGCGCAGCGGCUCCAUCAUGGCCACGCUGGUGGCGUUGGCGGGGUCUCGGCAGUUCUGCGGCUCAAACGUCAUCCAGCACUGCUACUGCGACCACAUGGCGGUGGUCAGCCUGGCGUGCGACAGCACAGACGGGAACUGGCGGGCCGGCGUGGCGGUCAUCGUCUUCUUUGUGGGCCUGGACAUCCCUGUCAUCGUCUUCUCCUACGUGAAGAUCCUGCGCGUCGUUCUCCGGGCUGCUAGAGAAGAUCGCAGCAAGGCCUUCCACACCUGCAGCACUCACCUGAUGGUCAUCAUGUGUUUCUACCUGGUGGGCAGCGUGGCCUUCCUGUCACGUGACCUUUCCUCGGGCAUCAACGCCUUCAUGGGGGUCCUGUACAUCCUGCUCCCCGCCACCGUCAACCCCAUCAUCUAUGGCAUUCGCACCAAAGAGAUCCGGAACGGUCUGCUGCGGCUCCUCCGGGUCAGAACGAGGAACGGGUCCGAGAAGACAUUUCCUGAAGGGAGGAGACAGUCCUGACCCGAUCCAGGUCCCUCUUCAUCAUGGGUUCUCCUCCCUGUUCUCCUCCCUGUUCUCCUCCUUGUUCUCCUCCCUGUUCUCCUCCCUGUUCUCCUCCCUGUUCUCCUCCUUGUUCUCCUGC